AUGGCAACAGUUAAGGAAAUCGGAAAGGACACAAUUAUUUUUGUUUCCAAAGAAGAUCAUGCAGAAAAGAGUAAAAUAGAACUACCACCAUCAGAACCAGCACCAGGACUUUUGCUUCCCAGCGGUGAAAUCAACUGGAACUGUCCAUGCUUAGGAGGAAUGGCAACUGGACCCUGCGGCGUUGAGUUUCGUGAUGCAUUCUCAUGCUUCCAUUACAGUGAUGCCGAACCAAAAGGAUCCGAUUGUUAUGAUGCAUUCAAGAUAAUGCAAGAUUGUAUGUCUCAAUAUCCAGCAGUAUACAAUCAAAAUAAUUCAGAUCAGGACGAGGAAAGUGGAAUACCUGGAUUAAAUAACCUUGAUGAUAAUGACGAAGACGAUGAGCUUGACGAGGUAGAGCGUGAGCAUGCAGAAAUCCAUCAAAAAUAUGCAGACGUCGAUCAGGACGAGUCGAAAGCAAUAGCAGUUAAUGGAAAGUAG